UGUGUGUGUGUGUGUGUGUGUGUGUGUGUGUGUGUGUGUGUGUGUGUGUGUACCUGGUAAUUAUCACGUUGUGGGGACCAAUUGUCCCCACAAAGAUAGGAAUACCAGUAUUUUUGUGACCUUGUGGGGACAUUUUGAUGUCCCCAUGAGGAAACAAGCUUAUAAAUCAAACAAAAUGAUGUUUCUUGAAAAUGUGAAGUAGUAGAAGGGUUUCUGUGAUGGUUGGGGUUAGGGAAUGGGGUAGGUUAGGGGAAUAGAAUAUACAGUUUGUGCAGUAUAAAAUGCAUUACGUCUAUGGAAUGUCCCCACAAAACAUGGAAACCAGAAUGUGUGUGUGUGUGUGCAGUGAUGAGCUCACAUCAAUGUAAUCUGAAUAGAAAUUGUUCUCUCAAAGAUUAAAGUAUCCCUAUAGCAUCUUGCAUGUGGUGGUGAAUAAUAUAAGCCUCUUAGGAUAAGUCCAGCACAGGGAGAGGACGGCUAACACAGCUGAUUCUUAUACCUCAAAAGUCUCUUCUGGUAGUCUGCCACAAAAAACACAAGGAUACAGUUUAAUUAAAGUUCCAAUGUACUGUGGGAGGAACACUGCAUUAUUUGACAGAAAACACAACAACCCAAAAACAAAAAGCUAAACAUGUCACAUAUAUUUGGAAAGCUGAGAUUCUUGAUUGAAUGAUGUAAACCCUUUUAAGAUACAAUCAACACAGCAGGUACAAUUAGUGUCAUUUUUAGGUGUUUUUUAGAAAUGCUAAGGGGUUAACAGAACUUUUAGGAGUGUUAUUUGUUAAGCCACAGAAUAUAAAUGUAUGCUAUUAAGGAAAAAAAUAUUGUUUUCUUGUAAUUCUAAUAUUUUUAUAUAAUUUUAACUUGCUCUCCUUGUCACUAAUGCAUGCACUAGAGUUGGCCAAACAUGAAGAAAUUGUAAAAUAUAGCUGUUUGUAUGUUUUAUCAAUAUUAUUGUGUUGUCUGACAGCACACCCCUAUCUGUAAUGCUUGGAUGGUAUCCGCUUUUGUAAGUGAUGUCACAUGCUUAUCAUCAAUGUCAUUUACAUACAACAUCAGAGAAAUAGCCCUUUUUGUCCCUGCAGUCUUUCACACGAGACUACCUCUGCGGUCCGAAGCAGAACGUACACAGCAUUGACUUCACCAGGUUCAAAAUCAGAGACAUGGAGACCGGCACAGUCCUUUUUGAAAUCUCCAAACCCCCAGCCACAGAGAGUGUUGAGGACACAAAAGACUUUGACCCUAACGCUGGACGCUUUGUGCGUUACCAGUUCACCCCUGCAUUCCUUCGACUACGGCAGGUUGGUGCCACGGUGGAGUUCACUGUAGGAGAUGUUCCCAUAAACAACUUUCGAAUGAUCGAGAGACAUUAUUUUCGUGGACAGCUGCUAAAAAGCUUUGACUUUGAGUUUGGCUUCUGCAUCCCCAGCAGUAAAAACACAUGCGAACACAUCUACGAGUUUCCACCUCUUUCUGAAGAAAUAAUGCACGAAAUGAUUCGUCACCCCUAUGAGACACAGUCUGACAGCUUUUACUUUGUGGAUAACAAGCUUGUUAUGCACAAUAAGGCAGAUUAUUCCUACAGCGGUGGACCAUAAGAACACAUGGACUGACACAGCAAAGUCCGAUCUCAGGGUGUGUGUGUGU